AUGGGUGUGGACCUUCUCGGCAUCGAUGGCCGCCUGGCGGUCCUCUGCUGCUGCGAGACCGGCAAUGUCACGGCGCUCCGCCGCGACGUGAAGCGCUUCCUGCGCACCGCCCGAUGGGUUUGCAAGGCGGAAGACUGUCGUCUUGUCAGUCGUUUCGGCUUCAAGCUGCCGAAGGAGUUCAAGCGGUGGCUCCAGAACUGCAACAUCAAGCACCAGACCAUCAGCCAAGCAGAAGCUCAACAGCUUGCAACUUCCUCGACCAGUGACCCAGGUGAUCCAGCAAGCGAGUCAACUUCUCAGCCGCUGCGCCCAUGUCAACAGGCCUGCCUGGAAGCGUGUGCAGAAGGAGCGCGAGUGAUUCAGAUGGCCUGUGGCACGGGGAAGACCCGAGUCAUCCGGGAGCUGGCCGAGAAUGUAUCUGGGAAGGUGCUGAUCACGGUGCCUUCGCGGGUGUUAUUGGAGCAGUUCGCGCCACAGUUCCCGACUUUCUGCAAAGCGGGCACCGGCUACAACAAGAGAAUCAGGAAACGAGCCCCCGGCUUCGUCGCAGUGACGGAUUCCGUCCGCUUCCUCAAGGACUUGGAGUUUGAGGCUGUUUUUGUGGAUGAGGCGCACCAUCCGCUAGCGCCAGGGCUGCCAGAGAGCCAGGAGCUUUACUUGUUCUCGGCAACGCAUCGCAAUUCCACAGACUUCGAGUACAGCAUGGCACAAGCCAUCGAGGAUGGGGUGCUGUGCGACUACGACCUCACAGUGCCGGUGAUCACAGAGGGCCACGCUUACUUGGGCUUGGCCAAUCUGCUGCUGCGCCAACCAGGUCGGUUCAGGCGAGUUCUGGCCUAUUGCAACACCGUGGCAGAAGCUAAGCGAUUUCGGCGCACACUUGAAGUGGCAGGCAUUGCUGCGUGGCAUAUCAAUGGCAAUACCGAGCGCAAAAAGAGGGCAGAGGUGCUAGAGGAAUUUUCGGGAAACAUGAAAAACACAGUUCACGUCCUGGUGACGGUGCAAGUGCUGGGGGAGGGCGUGAACAUUCCAAACGCGGACACCUGCAUGUUCGUGGAGCCACGCAGCAGCUACACGAGCAUCGUUCAGGCCAUUGGCCGAAUAUUGCGGCAGGAUACCUCCAAGCCACUUGCUCACAUCAUACUCCCAGCAAUGAAGAUGCAUGCAGAGACGCCUGCUCCUGCAAGUGGUCUGGCUGAGGGCGGGUUCACCUCUGUUGCAGCUGACGAUGCUGCUGACCCCAGCUCUUGGGAUGCAGCUGGGCAAGAGCGGCAAGCCGUCGGCCUUGAGCCUGCCAUUGGGAGCACAAAUGCUGGACCCACGAUCCCUGCGCGAACGAUGUCAGAGGGCAGGGCUCUUGCCCAGGUCUCUACAAAUUCUAAGACAGCUCGGGAUGAACGCCAUGUCCUCCACAGCGAAGAAGGAGUCCCGAACGGUCCUUCCACUGCACUUGCAAGUCAGGAGAAUCAUUCACAACAUGCAGCAACUAAAUCGCACGCAACAAGUGGAGGUGAGGGGUUGGAGGUCCAAAAAGAUCGGUUGCAACCAGCAGUCCUGCGUGCUGCGACAACUGAGUCCGAGUUUCAGCAGCAUCCUACUAAAAGCACCGCCCUGCACCAGAAUCUGGAAGUAGGGCUUCAAUCCAGGCUUCAAGCACAGGCACGAGCUUCGAAGUCAUCUUUGGGCAAGCAACCCCAUGCUCAGCCAGCAAACGAGGCCGAAUCAAACAAUCGUGUGGUAAAGGAUGUUCCGGCAUUAGCACCGCCCAUGCAGAAUACCCUAGGCAAGAAAUUGAAGCUGACCAGCUCUUCGAGUGUACAGACGGAACAGAGCUAUACUUCGCAACUCGAGCGUUUUUUGUCCACAAUUGCUCAAGCUGACAGUCGCUUGGCUGAUCUUUCUUCGUUGGGUUCCCGACUGUGGUUCACGACCUGCAACUCGGUACAGGCCACCUCCAUACCCGCCGCAACCACAAGAGGAUGGUAUAGUCAGCUGGCCAUCAUGUUGCAGACCCCAGACCGAUGGGAGGCCCGCAUGCUGCAACUGGAAGACUUUGCAAAACGACACCGUCGACUGCCACGAGUCUAUGGAAGCACGCAGGAGAAAUCCCUGUUUUACUGGCUGAAAAACGCAGGUUAUUUGAUUGCGCGUGGUGGCAUGGGAACUUCGCAGAGAUUCCAAAGGUUUCUUGCGUCAUCGUCGCAGCUUGUCAUCCAGCGUGCUUUGAAGUGGCAGGAUCGCGAAGCCCAUUUCCGCAGACAGUGUGCCAAACUGCGGGACUACGUGGACAAGUUUCAGUGUCUACCGCAAAACACACCAUAUCCACAGUCUGAAUCUCAUAAGUUAGCUAAGUGGCUUUCCCACCAGCGAAAAGAUCUUUUUCGGAAUACGUUCAGCCCCCGUAGGGCUGAGGAUCGCAAAUCGGCUGUAAUAAACAUUCACCCCUUGGUGGCCAAGUAUGUCCAGUCUCGGAGGCCGCAACGUCCUGAAACUAAAAAACUCGCGGCUGCGCGAGCUUCGAAGCUGCUCAGGUUUGUGCACAAGAAUGGGCAGCUUCCAAGGGCUACUAGCUCUGCGGAAGAGUGUUCGCUGUAUCAGUGGAUGUGGCGACAACGGCGACAAAUGGCGCAGCUGUCACCGCAGCAGCAGUCUGAACUGUUCGGCUUGCAUCCGCUCAUCACCGCUUUCUGGAACAAACUUUACAGAAAGCGUAGACAAUCGUAG